AGUUCACGUAAAAUUUUUUUUAAAAAAAUUAUUUUUAAAUAAAAUGCAUCCCUUCCAAGUCUCUAGCCUUCCCACCACCGGCACCACCAGCCAUGGUUUCAGGGAGCAUCCCGCCCUUGCUCUUCUGGAUGGCUAUAAAUCCAUCGACGCAGCACGGAUCAAGCAAAUCCAUGCUCCCAUGCUCCGCCUCUCCCUCUUCUCCGACUUUCACAGCGCCACCAGGCUCCUCACUGCCUACUCUCUCUCUCCUCAUCCUAACCUCGUCUAUGCCCGCAGGGUGUUCGAUCAAAUUCCCCAACCAAAUCUCUACUCUUGGAACACCCUCAUCCGUGCUUACGCUUCCAGCUCUGACCCUUUGGUUGCUCUUCUUUUGCUUUCCCAGAUGCUGCAUUGUAGCUGCUUCACUCCCGAUAAGUUCACUUUCCCUUUCGCCAUCAAAGCCGCCGCGGGGCUCUCUGCAUUGAAGGUGGGCAGCGCUCUUCAUGCCAUGGCCGUCAAAUCCCCUUUCCAUUCUGAUGUCUUUGUCCUCAAUUCUCUUAUCCAUUUCUACGCAGCUUGUGGUGAAUUAGAACUUUCCUACCAGGUGUUCGAGAAAACUCCACAGAAAGAUGUUGUUUCAUGGAAUUCUAUCAUUGCGGCCUUCUCGCGUGCAGGGCGGUGUGAUGAGGCUCUGGAGCUGUUUUCUAAGAUGGAAUGCGGGGAUUUGAGGCCGAAUGAUGUGACAAUGGUGAGUGUUCUCUCGGCUUGUGGGAAGAAGGAAGACUUGGAGCUAGGGAAAUGGAUCCAUUCAUACAUUGAAAUGAAUGAUAUUCCUAAAGAUUUGAUUUUGAUCAAUGCCAUUCUUGACAUGUAUGUGAAAUGUGGAAGCAUUGAAGAUGCGAAGCAGCUGUUUGACAAAAUGACUGAAAGAGAUUCCGUCUCUUGGACCACCAUGCUUGCUGGGUAUGCAAAAGCCGGGGAACUUGAUGCUGCCCGCCGUGUUUUUGAUAGUAUGCCUCAGCAUGAUAUUGCUUCUUGGAAUGCACUUAUUUCAGGCUAUGAACAGAAUGGUCAGCCAAAAGAAGCACUAGCUCUUUUCAAUGAAUCACAACUUUCAGAUGUGAGGCCGGAUCAGGUCACUCUUGUUGCAACUCUUUCAGCAUGUUCCCAGUUGGGUGCAUUAGAAUUAGGAUGCUGGAUUCAUGCAUACAUGGAGAAGAAUAACUUCAACUUGAACUUUCAUCUCACGACAUCGCUAAUUGACAUGUACUCCAAGUGUGGUGACUUGGAGAAGGCACUGCAUGUGUUCAAAUCUGUUGAAAAGAAAGAUGUCUUUGUAUGGAGUGCGAUGAUUGCAGGAUUGGCCAUGCAUGGAAAGGGCAAGGCUGCAUUGGAUCUUUUUUCGCAAAUGCAGGACGCUCAAAUUCCACCCAAUCAUGUGACUUUUACCAAUAUCCUUCGUGCCUGUAGCCAUGCCGGCUUAGUAUAUCAGGGCAGAUUGUUUUUCAGUCAAAUGCAACCAAUCUAUGGUAUUGAACCUAGAGUUGAGCAUUAUGGAUGCAUGGUUGAUAUUCUCGGACGUGCUGGCCUUUUAGAAGAAGCUGAGGAAUUUAUUGAAAAAAUGCCAAUACAAAGUGGUGCUUCGACUUGGGGGGCAUUGCUUGCAGCAUGUGUACUUCAUAAAAAUGUUGAUUUGGGUGAAUAUGCCUGUAAGCGUCUUCUUGAAUUGGAGCCAGGAAACGAUGGAGCUUAUGUUCUUUUGUCUAAUUUAUAUGCGAAAACUAGGAAAUGGGAUGGAGUUGCAAGGUUGAGAAAGCAGAUGAAGGAUACAGGGAUCAAAAAAGAACCUGGUUGCAGCUUAGUAGAAGUUAAUGGUGUUGUUCAUGAAUUUUUGGUGGGGGAUACAGCUCAUGCUCAAUCAGAGAAGAUAUACUUGAAAUUGGAUGAGAUCACAUCAAAACUAAAAGAAGUGGGCUAUACACCUGACUCUGCACAAGUGCUGCAGGAUAUAGAAGAAGAAGAAAAAGGUACCAAAGAAAGAGCUCUAUAUCUACACAGUGAGAAGCUGACAAUUGCUUAUGGGCUCAUUAGCAUCAAGUCUCCUGCACCAAUCCGUAUUGCAAAGAACCUUCGCAUCUGUGAUGAUUGCCAUUCUGCUGCCAAACUUAUAUCAAGUGUUUACAACAGGCAGAUAUAUUUGAGAGAUCGCUAUCGAUUUCACCAUUUCAAAGACGGUUCUUGUUCAUGUAUGGAUUACUGGUGAUUUGUUGCAUGUCAAAUCUUCAAAAUUCAGCAAGUUACUUAUACCAAAUCUCAUGCCAUGCAUUCCUCAGAUGAUGAUGGAAGUACUAGAUAUUGCACAUGCUGAAAGAUUUGCUUUCAGAGGCUUGUGAAACUGAUACUUUCUCUUGUCAUCUGGUUGGAUUUGUAUGACCAUUAUUUCAUAUCAGCCAUUGAGAUUUAAUA